GUUCGAAUUAAACCCUUCUAAUCCAAUUCCUUUACAUCCUUGGAUAAACAAUUUGUCAUGGCACUCACUUUUGUCUCCCCGCUAUCCAUUAAAUCCUUAACAAGUUGUUCUUCCAGUUCCAAGGCUCCUCCAGUUCGUCUAUCAUCCCUCUCCAACAAGCACUUUUCUGUAGUCUGUCAGAUAGACCCUGCAAAGAGACACCAUUUUCAUGGUUGUUCCAACAAGCAAAACAAGACCAAUAAUGCAGAGUCAAAAAACUGGAAAAAUAUUGUUUCAGCAGCAUUGGCCGCUGCAGUUAUUAGCUUUAGCUCUGGCAAUAUGCCUGCCAUUGCUGAUCUCAAUAAAUUUGAAGCUGAGACACCUGGUGAAUUUGGAAUUGGAUCAGCAGCCCAAUUUGGAUCUGCAGACCUCAGGAAAGCUGUGCAUGUGAACGAAAAUUUCAGAAGAGCCAAUUUCACAUCUGCGGAUAUGAGGGAAUCUGAUUUCAGUGGUUCAACUUUCAAUGGUGCAUACAUGGAGAAAGCUGUUGCAUAUAAGGCAAAUUUCGCAGGUGCGGAUUUGAGCGACACAUUGAUGGAUCGUAUGGUCCUUAAUGAAGCUAAUCUCAAAGACGCCGUGCUAGUUAGAUCGGUUCUCACCCGCAGUGAUCUCGGGGGUGCCCUCAUUGAAGGAGCUGAUUUCAGUGACGCCGUCUUGGACCUCCUCCAGAAGCAGGCUCUUUGCAAGUAUGCAAGUGGGACCAACCCAACGACAGGGGUGAGCACAAGAGCAAGCCUAGGCUGUGGGAACAGUCGCCGAAAUGCUUAUGGCAGUCCCUCUUCCCCUCUGCUAAGUGCUCCGCCUCAGAAGCUGCUUAACCGGGAUGGAUUCUGUGAUCAAGGCACUGGUCUUUGUGAUGUAAAAUGAUAGCAAGGCAUGUUAAUCAGUCCUAUAAACGCCAUUGAUCAUAUACCAUAUCCUGUAUUGAUAUCCAUGUGAGGAAAAUGAAAAUGCAGAACCAAAACAACUGUACAUCCAAACAUCACAAUUUCUGUAUGCUACGUGCGAACUGAAUUGUA